UUGCCAUCUAUCCCACGGCACACUUGCCUCAGCUCGCUUUGCACAGUCAUAGCGAUACCGCCCAUCCGCACCAACUCGUCCUUCAUGUUCUUCUCCCACCGCCUACCGGCAGCUCCGGACGAAAUUUACUCGUCUUGUCUCGCGACACUAUACGAGGGCCAUGCCCUCUGGUAUCCAGAGCCGCACGUAUCGGGCGAGCCGCAGAUCGGAGACGUCGGCUUCAUGCGCAACGGCGCGUUCGUCAGACUCUUCAACCUCGACACCUCUGCACCCGGGAAGAAAGUCGUAUGCUGGGAUCCACCGUUCAAGGUCACAGAGGACCUGCCCCGAAGCGUGUUCACGAUCGAUCCCAGGCGUUGUCCUCUCGUUCCCGCCCACUAUCCCAGUCACGGAGUUGAGGUCAAGCAGAAAGGCGCCUCGGCGGGCAUGUGAGUACGUUUACCCGCUCAAUCGGUCAAUUUUACUGACAGUUCUGCAGAACGGCUGGUGCCAAUGUAUCGGCGACUCUCAGUGCGGAGUAUUCAUGCAAGGCAGCCCAAGGCGCGGUGCUUGAGUUG